AACAACAAACUUUUUCCCGGUAAUUUUAUGCAGCUACUGUAGGGAGCUAAAGUUGUUUAGCGUUUUCUCUUAUUUAGGCACCAACACAUUAAAGAACACUUCUACAACUAGUUUAUCCCAUCCCAGUGGGGAAAGUCGUGAGGUUAGCAAGCUAUUUAUUGGCAUGCUUGCUUAGCCAUAGUUAGUGAUUUUAACGUAACGUUAGCCGGCUAGCCAGAUAUCAACAUACAUAGCUAGUCAGUGCACUUGUUGGUGAUACGUGGAUUCAACUUGAAGAUACUUUCAUGUUUUAGAUGUCAACAUGUCCUUGAGUACAGUCCACUCCACACUGUCUAGUCUGAAAACAUGCCAGACAGAUAUUGGAACAGGGAUGGACAUUGUGACAGACGUUGCUCUGGACGUGGCAGAAACAGCAGGAAGUGAGAAUGAUGCAGUCCUGAAGAAGCUGGAGUUGAUGAUGCUGGAGUGUGCCAAACUGGACCAGGAGAUCAACUGCUUCGUCGAUGUGGUGAACUGUGUCACUGCGGAGGUGAGGAACCAGGAGCCCGAGGCCAUGUUCAGACUGAAGUCUCUGGUGAAGGACAAGUUCACUGAGAGACACAGCAGACUGUCUGAGGGAGAGAUACAGAACCACGGCAAGAUGGUCAGCUUUAAGGAGAACGUCACAAACGCACUCAAAACGGUGAACCCCGACGCAGCAGAGAAUAUGGAGGAGGAGCUGGAUGAGGACAUUGCUGUGACGCAGAGUGAGGUUAACUUCACCUGUCCCCUCACUCAGGUGGAGAUGGUGAACCCAAUGAAGAACAAGAAGUGUAACCACCACUACGACCGGGACGCCAUUAUGGGGAUGAUCAAGGCCAGGCAAAACCAGAAGAAGAAGCUACGCUGUCCGGUGGUUGGCUGUGGCAACACGGACGUGAAGCAGGGAGACCUGAUCUUAGAUCAGAUUAUGAAGAGACAGAUACAGAAGAGGUAGACUACCAAGGCAUCAUUCUGGGAUACGCCAACUCAUCAAUCCUGACAAUAAUAAUUUGACUUUUGAAUUAAUUGAGGAAAAAAACAUGACUUGUUGUUGUUGUUGUGACCAAAUGUUAUCUUGCUGCUGUGUCUGAUCGUAUUUGUUCAUCACAGAAUUGUGGUAUUCUGAAGUUUUCUGUAACAAAAACCUCUCUUUAUUUAUACUUAAGGGAUUCAUCUGUUUCAGUCAGUUAAAUAAAGGUUUUGAUAC